AUGGCGUCUCCUCGCGCCGGCAAAUUAAAAGCGGAUCUGCACCGUGCAGAAAUCUACAUUUGCGAGACCCACGAGAAAGCGACUUCGCGGGCUCACGAAGCGUCCACGCGGCGCGUCGCGCCGAUACGCAAGCUUUGCGCGCAGAACAAGGGUUGCGCGACCGCAGCCCUUCGCGAGAAGCCUGGUUUGCACGACGUCUUCCAAGUCGGCACGCGAUUGUCGCUCUCGUCAGCCAAGCUGGUACACAUUGACGGCAUCCGAUGGGGACGGAGAGCAUCGAUCAGGAUCAGCGGCAGCAGAGCAGCCACGUGUCGACCGGGGUUAGGCGCAGAUAAGACGGAGAAGGUGCGUGUCUCUCUCGUGGUGGAUAUGCGGCUGGCGGCCCGAGGCAAGCUGGGAGCCUCUAAAGGGUUCCCCAGAGAGGAUCUGCUGAGGGUUGCGCUGGAGAGUGCGCUGAUGCGGAAGCUGGCGCAGCGCGCAAAGCUGCGCGAGAUGCUUGCGGAAGCGAAUGGCCAAGCGGCGUACGGUGUUGAUAGGUUCCGGGGCUGA